AUAAGGUGUUGCAAAGCUGUGCAGUAACUCGGGGCAUGUCAAGACUUUUGUCAUGUCCAUCUGUGGACAACUGUCGUGAGCGCGUACGGAAACAUGCUUCAAACAGGAGUAAUGGAAGGAGCGCCAGGGGAUAGUUCCUCAUAUCAGUGCACGAGUGCUUUGCCUUCUGUUUUUGGAGCUCAUUCCAGCCGGAUUGCAUCAGCGUCAACCGCAUACUCCAUAGUAAACCCUCUGAACUCCGAUCAUUCAGUAAAACAAUUUCCACCUCGGGCAGGCUCAGCAGCCUCUCUUAACACGUCUAUCGGUUACGGUUGUCAUUUUGGAAAUAGUUAUUAUGGUUACAAAAUGCCCCACGGUUUUGGAGUCGAACAAAACGCAAUGAAACAAACUGCACAUGCGCCUAUUGGCAAAUAUUCAAUUGAGAAGUACAUGGAUAUUUCUGGUUUGUCCAACACAGCUGAAAACUAUAACGAAAUACCGUCAAGGACUAGGGAAUUUACAUGGUAUCCAGGCUACACAGGUUCAUACCCACGGAUUCCAGGGUACAUUGAGGUGCCAGUGUCACCAACACGAACUGCUUCCAGUGAUCUGAGGCCUGCGGCGCUAACACAAAUGGAGGGCUACCAGCCUUGGACGUUGCCGAAGGGCUGGAACAGUCCAAUGUAUUGUGCAAGAGAACAAACACAUACAUCCCAUCAUAUGUGGAAGUCAUCACUUGCAGGGGAGAUUGUGUUCAACCAACCAGCAGCUAAUGUUUACCGACGUGGGAGGAAGAAAAGGGUGCCGUAUACAAAAUUGCAGCUUCGGGAACUUGAACGCGAAUAUGCUAUUAGCAAGUUCAUUACCAAAGAUAAGAAGCGAAGGAUUUCAACAUCAACCGACCUCUCAGAAAGACAAGUCACAAUUUGGUUUCAAAAUCGAAGGGUGAAGGAGAAGAAAAUGGAUUCCAAGCAUAAAGACUUUGCCUAGUUGAAUAUCAGCCAGAGAAAUAGUUACGCACUAGUUGAAUUUUUCAAAGAUUACAAUCAUUAUAAAAUGUUAUAUCAUCUGUACAUAUAAAUGUAUGUCUAUUAAGUUUCAGUUUCUGUAAGGUUUUCUUUCUUCCUGGUAAUUAUUAGUUUUCCAUGUCUCCUGCUCUACAUGGAAAUUUCUGGGGAAUUGCAUAGAUGUACAUGUAAUUAAACAAUGGGUUACAAUACUAGUCAUUCAUUGUAAUAUAAAUUGCUAGCCAAUUUUUAGCAUCGUCACCUAAACUUGUUAUUAUUAUAUGUUCUCGGUAUGGCAUUUGGUGUCUUAAAAGUAAUGAAUAAACUCAAUGGCCUGUCGCUUUAGCUAAUCUAUCUGUAAUAAACAAACACUGAUGAGGCAUUUGUGUGUGUGUUUGUGUGCGCGUG